AAGAUGGAGGAAUACGUCCAUACACAAUUGAGCUGUAAAUAAUGGUGAAUGGAUCUUCGGACGGGAAUGACGCAGAAUCUGACAAGCGAACUAAACAUGGGCACAGAAUGGUCGAACGCCGAUCGUGUCGGAACAAUAAUCAUGGAAACUUUUGACAAACGUUGCUCAAAGAAAAAAAUGUGAGUACCCAAGUCUUCAACAAGAAUCGACAGCCUUCGUAGAGACGGAGGGUUCUGCUGUUUGUUUAAAUUCAAAGAUGGGGAGUAUGCCAAAGCAUUUUUUACUUUAUGCGAAGUUGGCAAAAUGUUGAUUGCCAAUCAACGUUUUGCCAACUUCGCAUAAAGACAAGAUAAUCAAACGAAUAAAAGACACCUUUGUCGGGAAGAACUGUUCACCAUCGUACCAUCUUGAUGGCAAAUCAAAUUAUGAAUGAAUGAAUUACGUUCACAAUGAACUGAUGGAAGUCUCAACGCCUGCAUGAUGUUUGAAAGCACAAGAAGUCGCAUUAAGGUUCCAGCCACUAUUUCUGCAAUGAGUGGUGCCUCCUGAGGAUCAAAGUGAAAUCACAAGACAAGACGAGAUCAAGGAUGCAACCGGCAAGCUUUCCUGUCAGCGCCAAUUCAGCCUCAGCCACGGGAGAGGGUGAGGAGAUAGAACGGGAGACGGGGAAGGAAGAGAGCAAACUCACAGCAUCCAAAGUAUUGCUCUUCUGUUUUCUUUUUUGUUUGUUUGUUUUGUUGUUUUUUUUUUUUUUUUUCCCUAUCCCUCCCAAUGCUUCCCAGCUGCAGCAUAACCCAAAGCCCGGCAUCGGUCAGUGAGCACGACGCUGCGGGCCAAAACAGAACACUUCACCGGAGGAUGAAGAACUGGGAAUUCCUCUAAACUAAUGCUGUGAAGUGGCUCUCUUCCUGGAGCCCAGACUUCACCCACAUGGUGUCAGCGAGGAUGCUGUGGGUUACCUUGCUGAGCACCAUAGCCUUAGGAUGGACCACCCCAAUCCCAUUACUAGAGGAAUCGGAGGAGAUCGACGAGCCGUGCUUUGAGCCCUGCUACUGCGAGGUCAAAGAGGGCAUCUUCCACGUGCACUGUGACAGCAAAGGAUUUACAAAUGUGAGCCAGAUCGCUCAGAUAUGGAGCCGGCCGUUCAAACUCAACCUUCAGAGAAACUCCAUGAGGAAGCUCUACUUUAACAGCUUUCUCCAUCUCAACAAUGCCAUAUCCAUCAAUCUAGGUAAUAACGCCUUGCAAGACAUCCACGUUGGAGCGUUCAAUGGCUUAGGAAUACUCAAGCGACUUUUCUUACAUGAGAACAAACUAGAGAUUUUCCGCAAUGAUACGUUCCUCGGACUACAGAGUUUAGAGUAUCUCCAGGCAGACUACAAUGUUAUCAAAAAGAUUGAAAGUGGUGCGUUCAGACACCUCCACAAAUUGAGAGUGCUUAUAUUGAACGACAAUCUGAUUCCCGCACUCCCCAAUUAUCUCUUCCGAUCUGUUUCGCUCACACAUUUGGACCUAAGGGGGAACAGACUAAAGACGUUGCCCUAUAAAGGGAUGUUGGAGUACGUUGGGCGGAGCUUGAUGGAAAUUCAGCUGGAAGAGAACCCUUGGAACUGUGUGUGUGAGAUUGUCCAACUAAAGACUUGGCUGGAGAGGAUACCUUAUACUGCUCUGGUGGGCGAAAUCACAUGUGAAUACCCAUUCCACUUACACGGGAAAGACUUAAGGGAAAUCAAGCGCAGCGAACUUUGUCCUUCGCUCUCCGAUUCCGAGAUUGAGGCCAAACUGGGAAUCCCCCGCAUCCCCUUCAGCAACGAGAACACGUGGCCCACCAAACCUUCCUCCAUGCUCUCUUCUUUUCACAACACGGCGUCUUCUGCAAUAAAGCCCACCAAACGACCUCGGCCCACCAAGAACCCCCCGACACCUCGUAGCAUCUACCCAGGCAUCAACCAGCCCCCGAUCGCCGGCUAUCAGACGAGACCUCCAAUCCCGAUAAUUUGUCCCGCGGGAUGUAUUUGUAACCUUCACAUCAAUGACCUGGGGCUAACGGUGAACUGUAAAGAGAAAGGCUUUCACAACAUCUCUGACCUUUUGCCAAGGCCUCUCAAUGCCAAGAAAUUAUAUCUUAGCGGGAACCUAAUUCAGAAAAUCUACCGUUCUGAUUUCUGGAACUUCUCAAGUUUGGAUUUACUGCAUUUAGGCAACAACCGGAUAUCUUAUGUGCAGGAGGGUGCGUUCAUCAACCUGCCAAACCUAAAAAGUCUAUAUCUGAACGGCAAUGACAUUGAAAGGCUGACGCCUGGAAUGUUUCGAGGACUUCAGAUGUUGCGUUAUCUCUACUUUGAGUACAAUGUUAUACGUGAGAUACAGCCCAACUCCUUCUCCCUCAUGCCCAAUCUGCAGCUGGUGUUCCUCAAUGACAAUUUGCUCCGCUCCCUCCCCGAUGACGUCUUCGCUGGCACCAACCUCGCUCGCCUCAACCUCCGCAACAAUUACUUCCUUACCCUGCCUGUGCGCGGAGUCCUGGAGCAUCUGUCCUCAAUUGUCCAGAUUGAUCUUCAUCAGAACCCCUGGGAGUGCUCCUGCGAUAUCAUCCCCUUCAAACAAUGGCUGGAAAAGCUCUCCUCCGUCAUCGUGAUCGGAGAUGUUAUCUGCAAGACGCCAGAGUUUGCCUUUGGGAAGGAUUUGCGUUCACUAGAGGUCGAAGUCCUGUGUCCAAAACUCAAGUAUUCCACAGGCCCUUUGCCGGCUCAGCCCGGCGGGGACGACCUCCCCACGGGGAGUCCCGGCAUGGGGGAGGCAAGUGGACGAGAUGCAGUGCCGCUGUCGGUCCUCAUCCUCAGCCUCCUCAUCCUCUUCAUCUCUGCUGUGUUUGUAGCAGCCGGGCUGUUUGCCUUUGUUCUACGUCGGAGGAAGAAACUGCCCUUCAGGAAGCGGUCAGAGGUGGAUCUGACUGGGAUCCAAAUGCAGUGCCGUAUUUUUGAGGACACACCGAGGCCGAGCAGCGCCGGCAAUACAAGCCCGCUGGAGAAGCCGACCUCCAGCUUGCACACGCACACUCAUCCCAGUCACACGCAUUCCCAUGGCCAUGUUUAUGAUUACAUCCCCCACCCUGUGACUCAGAUGUGUAACAACCCCAUCUAUAAACCCCGGGAGGGGGAGAUAGCAGCGACGUCAGAUGAAGAUAGAGGGCAGUUUUCUCUCAAGAAAGACAAUGGCAGCAGCAGUAGCAGCAACUAUAGAACCUUGUUAGAGAAAGAAAGAGAGUGGAGCCUGGCUGUCUCCAACUCUCAACUCAACACCAUCGUCGCCGUCAACCACACCACAGCCGACUUUGCAGGGCUUCAUGAGAACGGUGGGCUCUGCCCCACAGUCAUUGACAGUCAGAGGCCCACGCCGACCGUGGGUUUUGUAGAUUGCCUUUACGGGACUGCCCCAAAGCUAAAGGACAUGCAUGUGGCACAUGCACACCCACCUGGCAUGCAGUACCCAGAUUUGCAACAGGAUGCCCGGCUGAAGGAGACUUUGCUUUUCACGGCGGGAAAAAGCGUCUACCCCGACCCGUCCCAAAGCGAUUACCUGGAGUUAAGGGCCAAACUUCAAACCAAGCCGGAUUACCUCGAAGUGUUGGAAAAAUCGUAUCGGUUUUAACAUUUGCAGCCCAGAGGAGAAAGGCAAGACAUAAUCAAUUUGCUAUCCUGAAAACGCAACAACCCAAAUUCAAUAUUAGAAGAGAGUCAAUCCGGACAAGGCAGCAUGAUAUGAAAUAAAAUACAUUGCAGUGCCGCCCCUAUCAUUAUCAAGGGAGAGGCUGUUCUCAGAUAUUUCAAUCAAGUGCCUUUUUUUCAGAGUAGCCAGCAAUGUCAGCAUCUGUUAUUUUUAUAAUAUAAAUAUCUCUACUUGCUGAGAAGAGUGUAUUAGAGGAGUAAGUGUUGGGGGGGGGGCACUGGGGAAUAAAGAAAAUAAACAACAAACAAAAAAAAACCUUACCACAAUCCUAAAAUACAAUGAGAUCCUUUGUUUAUGGAAUUCCCACGACGCACGGGAGCAGGACGUCUCCCCGAUUUGGAGGGUUGUUCUCUGCCUCUUCUACCCCUCACUAGGAUGUACAAAGACCCGGAGACCGUGCACAUUCAGGCUAUGGGAAAUCAUUGAAAGGAUAAAACAAAUAUUAAUAAGAACUGCAGAUUGCUGCACACUUGCUGCAGUGCAGGAAGGUGAUGGGCGGGGGGCAGGGGAGGGGGGUGUUGGGUGUUGCGAUUCAUCACAUUGCGAACAGAGAUACUGCAAUGCAUUAACAGUUCAGUGUUCUAUUUAAUUUUUAUAUCUUAUGAAUAUGGUUGUUACUCUUAAUUAGGACUUCUGUCUAUAUCAGGGUGCUUCUCGUAAAGGACGCGCCGACUACGUACGGAUGGUAAAACAUUUGUGAAUAUUAUUAUCAGACAACGCUCAAGGUUUUCUGGAUAUUUCCAUGCACUUUGUUAAACUACCCCCCCCCACGCAAUUGCCUCUGAAUCCUGCCCUCGCCCCCAUCAUCACCCACUAACAGCUUUGUAGGAGGCACUUUUAAUGUUUUCUCUCUCACACAAAGAUUUGAAGAAAAAUGUGCAUAUAUUUAUUCUGUAAUUUCAGUGAAGACUCUAAUUGUAAAGGUAAUGUUGAAUCAAUGUAU